AAUCUUUCAUUUCCCAUGAAUGACGAGACAGUGGGAGAACGCUGUCACAGUCCAGUGUAGCAUAAAUGUAGUAAAACAAACAGCUGACUUUAGUACACGUGCAGAAGUUGACCGCAGCGCGCGCGCCGCAGACCUAACCGCGAAAACUUUUCGAAACACGCCGGAACGCGCCGCUUUCGAAACGCGCCGCCUCGACGAUCACCAUUGAGAGACGAUGGGCAGUUGGUUGAGCUACCUGUGGUGGGGCGGAGACCCAGACGCGGAGAAUUCGCUGUCAGGGCUGACGCGGCGUGAGGUGUACGCCGUGCAACGCUCGUGGGCCCCCGUCUUCGCAAACUCAGUGGCUAAUGGGACAGAACUUCUUAAAAGAUUAUUCCGCGCGUACCCCGAAACGCUUGAGUUCUUCAAAAUGGUUCGAAAGCUGCCAGAACACGAAUACGAGUCCAACUUGCAGUUCCGAGCGCACGUCAUAAACCUGAUGAACUCCAUCGACCUGGCCGUGAGGCACAUGAACCAGCCAGAUGUGGUCGCGGCUAUGAUGGAGAAAGUAGGAGACUCACACAAGAAGAGGAAGAUUAGUGAACGACACUUUUUAGAACUGAAAGAAGUGUUACUAAAAAUGUUUAUAGAAGUACUAAAAUUGGACGAAACGACAUCAGGUGCCUGGACCAAAACCGUCGACUUCUGGUACAAGCACAUAUUUACGAACCUCACUUGAUCUUACUAAAUAAAAUUAUUCUGUAUUAAAUAACAUUUUAAGUAGAACAUUUUAAGCAUUUUAAUGAGCUGUAACUUUGCCGUUAUUAAUAAAGUUCUAGUAUCUGUAUCAUAGUAAUAGUAACUAAAUCCUAAUUGACGUGUAUAUGUAAAAGAAUCAAAACAAUCCUAUGUUUACCUGACAUACAUAUAUGUAUAUGUGUACGAAGUAGUUGAGGCACUGUAAGUGCGUUUUCACAUUAUCCGAUCCGAUAUCGGAUGUCGGACCGAUAUCGG